AUGUGGGCCACUACGAUUGCGGUGUCUCUAUUACUGGCGAGCAGAGCUUCUGCGGGGGUUAUACAAGAUGUCGGACACAUGGCGCGGAGGGAUAAUUCAAUGGAAGAGACUAUGAAGCGAUACGUGGAUGCACUCGUAGAGCCCGUAGAGCGAAGGCAAGCAACAGAAGGAACAGGAGCAGUCAAUGGAUCGCAAUGGGAGAUGCAGACAGAGGCUGCUUGCACGGCAUCACUACAGGCGUUGGGCGGGGUAGCAAGUAAUCCGUCUGGCAUGGCGGUGUGCUAUAAUCUGCCCUUCUUGGACAACACGACCGGAGUCUUCCAGGCCGAUCUACGACUAUACACCGUAUCUGCGCCUACUGGCGACUUUGCCAAUAUCGCUACACAGAAUGUUCAGGUUGGGCUCGCGUAUAACGGAGCUACGGUCUCCGCGGUCAACUCGACGGCGUUAAAGGCGAGAGGAAGUGGCAUCUCUUUGAUUUCAUGGCCGCGGGGUAUGGAGAAGAGAGAGACCGCGGUGCCUGCAAUGGCACAGUCAUAUGCUUUUGUUGGGCAAAUCAACAAGAACCUGUUGACUGCCAACAUGGGAACUGCCGCUCUCCAAAAAGUCCUGGUACCAACAGUCAGUCUAACAGCAGUUAACGGCAGCGGCCAAACUGUAAACACGACCCUCUCCUCCCAAGAAGCAACUUUUGUCAACGGCGUCUUCGCCGACCAAGUCGUGCCCACGAAAUCGCAGGUCUCGCCCCCUAUCCAAACGCUAGUCGUCGCAUCCGGCGCGCCAUUCGUCGUGCCAGGCCUCAAUAUCCUGAUCUUCCCCAUCGGCGCGAUCAUCACGGGUGUUUGGGCCGUGCUGUUGACUGCGACGAUUGCGUAUGGGACGGUCGGACGCAUGCAGUUCAGGGAUCAAUUUAGGAGGCGGAAUGCAAGGGCUACGAAGGGGGAUUUGGCGAGGAUAUAA